UCACACCGGAACAAAUUCCUGACGGACUGCUCUUCCUACAUGCCCCUCACUUCGUCCUCUAUGAAUUUCGUUGCUUUUUGACGUAUUCACUAAACAGUGUAUCUGGUUGCCUUUGUCUAGGUGACCUAUUAGUUAAUUAACGGUUUAACGAUGACGUCCAGGGGGACACCGAGUCGCUUCCUGAAAAGUGUUCUUCAGAAUGGUGUUGGUCGUUAUGUCUCUCAGCUGAAGCGGAUCUCCAUCAUCUUCUCCAAAAACAACCAGAGCUCGUUGGGAGUCAGAGAGUUUAUUGAGGAGGGGGUGGUGGAUUAUGCCAAGAAGAACCCAGGAACCGUUGUGUAUGUGUCCCCUCAGUCCAGCAGGGUUCCCAAAAUAGUGGCUGAAUACUUGAAUGGCAAUGUGAGAGAAGAGAUUAUCACCAGUAAAACGGCUCCACAAAUUUCGGAGCUUUUAUCCAAACUGACCAAUCAGUCCGGCCUGGACAUCAUCCGCAUCCGCAAGCCGAUUCAUACAGAUAACCCCAGCAUCCAAGGCCAGUGGCACCCAUUCACCAACAGACCUCUGUGUAUCGGCCUCAUCAGACCACAGAAAAAAGACCCUCAAUAAGGACUGACGAGGUUGACGUGUGAAGGUUUCCUGGGAAUGAAUGGUUAAUUUCAAGUUCAUCUUUUUGAAAGGAAAAUGACAGUGUAUUUAUUCAGAAUAAUUCUGAGUCUAUUGACACAUGGCCCUUCUGCCUGUUGGUGGGUCCAAAGCUACUAAAGCCAUGUGGCAUGGAGUUUUAGGUCUAAAUGCCACAUUUGAAUAAAGCCACCAGGGAAUGGCCAGCUGGUGAAUUAAGAAAGCAGAUAAAUAUCAAGGUUAUCUGGAGAUUCAUGUAAAAAUAUUGUGACGCAGAUGGAGUUUCGUAUAAAAUAAAAAAAGAAUUGGUGAA